UAAAUAUAACGGCGAUUACAGAGUACUCUGAACUUCAGACGAUGUGGAGUUGAGGUUAAAAUCACAAGAAUAUUUGGGAAUUAUGGAAAACGGCAUCCGUCGUAGAGGGCGGAAUGAUGACCCGGAGGGACUGACGAUCGAAGACACGCGCGCACCUGUUACCGCCUACAGCGAUGCUCAGUUAUCGGAUGCGUGUGAUAUGAAGCCCCGGCGUUCUGUAGAAGGGUUUCAUUGGGAUAUUUGGCUCCUCAUGACUGCGCAGAACUGGAUCUUUGACUUCGGGAGACCUAUAGCUGCUCUCAUGAUUCCUGAGGAGCUCUUCCCUAUGUACCUCCCUAGUGUCGGAGAUUACUUUCACAUGAUAUAUAACUUAAUCACCCCGUUCUGCAUCCUGAAGCUUUUUGAGCGAAGCCAUACCAAAACUUCCUCAACAUUUAGAAGCCUCUGUGUAAUCACUUUCGUUAUGGGAGCCAGCAUACAUCUUGUAGGAGAUUCUGUAAACCACCGACUUGUCAAACUUGGCUAUAAACUCCAUCUGUCCGUCCGAGACAAUCCAAUGAUGCAAUCACUGCAACCACGUGGUCUUGUAGAUUCAUUUGUUCUUUUGUACAACUACGACGAAGUCAUAGGUCAUUUGAUGUGGUACAUACCGUUUUUCAUCAGUCUUUUUCUUUACUAUACUGGGUGUUUUCUGAGUUACCAAUCAGUGGACCUUGUCCGCCCCACGUUUUCUUGGUGGAUCCUAACAAUUCUGAGUAGUUUUUACUACUGGUAUUUAGUGACAGAAGGACAGAUAUUUUCUGUGUAUUUCAUUACAUUCGUCGCCAUGAUAGGGCUGAUGGUGUACAAGAGGAGGAAGCAGAACUCGCAGCUGGACAUUAACGGACGCUUCCUGUUGUACUCCUUCGCUCUGACCCUCCUGUUGGUGUUGGUGUGGGUGAUAUAUUUAUGGAACGAUGAGGCUCUGCGUGUGAAAUACCCGGGACUGCUAUAUAUACCCGAACCAUGGUCUUAUUACACGCUGUACCUUAAACAGUGAUACACAGCAUUGUUAACUCACACAUUCUGUAUGUAUAUAUAUAUUAUUACUACAGUAACUUGAUCCGAAGGGUCGGAUCACGUCGAGUUGACAGGCGCGGAUCAUCAGAUCACACGAGACGCGAAGCGUCGAGUUUGGUCUGAUGAUCCGCGCCUGUCAACGAGGCAGUCAACUUGAUCCAACUGUCAACGCCUGUCAACUUGAUCCAACUCUUCGGAUCAAGUUACUGUAGUAAUGAUAAAUUUAUUAUAUACCCCUAUGUAUUUUAAGUCCGCAUUUAUAAGAUGCUAAAUGUAAUCCAAAUUCUCAAAAAAUACAGACAUACAGUGAAAUUAUAUUUUGUGUACGCAGAUAUACUUUUUUGUUUUGUGACGUGGUCAAUAUUUUCCACAAAUAACGUUGCGUUGUUGCAUUGUGACGUCAUUGUGACGGCAUCAGUUUCAGAGGAUACUGAUACGGAAUCAGAAAACCACAGUGUGGUGAUCCGGAAAACCGGAUCACACGCUGUGAAAUCCACAGUAUCAAAGAACGAUACAUUGAUGGGUAUAUAAUAAAGCAUUGUAUCAUUGGUUAAAAUUCUGUUCAUUGGUUAACAUUCUGUAUCAUUGGUUAACAUUCUGUUCAUUGUCUUUCAACAUUGAAUUAUGUUUGCAUAUUAACACCAUCCUGACGAAUUUUAUUCAAAGAGAUGAUGAGAACAUUUCAAAA